CAGAACAUCUCUCCGGUACAUUUAUUAGCAGUGUGGUUGUAGCCGCUGCAAUUGUAGCAUCUUAACAAAUUAAUGUGUUCAUAUACUGAGCAUAUUGUUAAAUUAAUACAUAAUAUUCUGUUUUCAAUAGCAGCAGUUCUUUCAAAAGUGGCACCUGAAUAUCUUGUGCAAAUAAAUUUAAAAUGGGUGCAGAACGCCCAUAAAAAAUCCAGUGUUAGCUUACGGCAUAUAUUGCAACUAUGUGGUCUCAUUUCACCGGUCUAUAACUGUUGUCAUACUGGUUGCUUUGUUAUAUCUAUAUUAUGUUAACGUCCAUACAAUCAUCAAUAUAGUUACAGAAGAUAACUGGAAGGAGAUGCGACCUUACGCAGCUUAUGCUUUGAUGAUAAUAACUAGGGGGUUGGGCUGGUUCCACUACAUAUUUAUAGCGGUUGACAACUUGCAAGUAGUAAACAGUGUAUUGAUUACUUUAUGGAGAAACAAUCCGAAAACAAAAAAAAACAUUAAACGAGUUAAACGUGAAUAUCGCAUUUUCCAAAUCAUCACAGUAUACAUUAUUUCUGUAUUAUCUUUUGGGCAACUGACAAGAUUCAUCUCACUGGAAUCCGAAAAGAGGUACAACUAUAGUUUGAAGUACAUACAAGAAAGUUUCGGAUCAUAUGAUACAUAUGGAAUUGUUUUCUAUAUCAUACUGGACUCGAUAUCAGCUAUGUUUCCUAUAUUUUUGGUAAUUUUCGGUUCAGCAAUGGCGGCUGCAAGUUCAGUACUAUUCAUCAACAUUUUCGAACACAGUGAAACUCUUAACAGAACAGCUGAUCAGAAAUUUGUAAAUACUUUCUUGAAAUAUGCAGCAAGACAACAUUCUGAAAUAAUGAGAUCAGGGCGACAAUUGAAUGAAGUAGGCGGUUCACUGAUGUUAUAUUUUUCGCUAAACGCAGUCGUUACAUUGACCGGUUGUCUAUAUAUCAUCAUAACGGCACAAUACAGGGAUCUAAAUAUCGCAUCAAUUAUGUUUAAGUGGAUUUCAACAGCAGUAACGCUAUGUUUUUGUGGACAAAAGCUAACAGAUACAUCCAGCGAACUCUACGACGUUCUAAUCAGCUUACCAUGGUAUACAUGGAAUCAACAGAACAAAAGGCUAUAUCACAUACUGCUGAUGAAUUCCAGAAAAGGAAUGGCAUUUAGUUUUUAUGGGAUGAGGUCCAUCAAUUAUGCUUACGUGCAGGAUGUUUUUAGAGGAGUUUAUAGUCUUGCAUGUGUGGGAUGUAAUUUGAAGUGAACACUACAGCUUCAUGAGUAGAUAAUACAUAAUACAUUAGAUGGCACCUAUAGAUAAUAAUUGACGUCACAAAAAACAGAUUAUCCCACUUAGUUACACUGAACCAAGAAUAAAUAUUCUUUGUCCUCUUUAUCAUUUU